AUGGUCAACAGAAUCCAUGCAGACGAGGGCAGCGCAGCUAAUAUCCUACAACUGGCGGUCAUCCAGCAGAUGGGCCUAAAGACAAAGAUCAACAAAUCAGCAAGACCGCUGAUCGGCUUUAAUGGUGCAACAACGGUUACUGUGGGCACGAUAAACCUCGACGUCUACUCCCCGCCUGUAGUCAGCUUGCAAACAUUCAUGGUCAUUGAUGAAGUCUCACCAUACAACGGCAUUCUAGGCAGACAAUGGAUCGGUAAGAUCAACGCUAUCACCUCUGCCACACAUCAGAAAAUCUGA